AUGUUUUUCUGUGUAAUUUUAUUAUUGAUAAAAACCUUAAUCCUAAAAUCCUAAAGUGAGAAUCAUCACUCUUAUCAAAUGCUCAAUAUAGGCGUUGAAAUCAGCUGUUCCUACAAAACUAUGGCCCUUGCCCCUGUCUACAACUCACCAUGUUUCCGGUUAGCAUUCAACUUGAAACAAUUCAAAACACCGGAAGUGCUUCUCUUCUUCUGCUCCUCCUCCACAUCAAGGUCAUCUAACAAUCGUGGAAAUGGUGAUAAAAAUGGAACAUCUGAUAUUCCUGAUCCUCCCACCAACUGCUGUAUGUCGGGCUGUGCCAAUUGCGUCUAUUUAGAGUAUGCCGAGCAGUUGACGAAAAUUUUCAAAGAUUCUGGCGAAAAAUCCCGUGAAAUGAUAUUGUCGAAAAUCAGUGAUCCGAAUAUGCGAGCUUUUUUGCGCACUGAGUUGUCCAUUAAGGCUAAGCAUAAAGGCAAGCAUGAUAAGUGA